UACAUCUACAAACAUUGCACUAUAAUAUUAAAAGACGUCAGAUAAUACCACUACUCCUAAUACUCGUACUUACCUCACUACGACUGCACUUACUAAUACUAAUACUAUCAGGAACGUCAUCUGAACAUACAUGUGCUCGAUACGGCGCGUCACCAACUGUUUCUUUGUACAUUGAAAACAAUCAAGAUGUCCAAAGAAUGAUGUCAUCAUUUAUGAGUGAAAGUUGGCACUAGUGUUGGUGAUCACGAAUUGAAGCUCUCUGAUUGUUUGUUUGGACACAGCUACUGGAUGAUACGAAUUCAACAACUUCAUCGAUCAUGGCAGUGUUAGCCUAGCAUCGCGAGACCGUCCGGAUAGUUUGGAUGCAUGAUGUGAACAUAUUUAAAAACGGAAGACUGGCCUUAAACAGUAGCAUUAUUUAGUCAUUACAAGUAGAUAGAGGUAGAUUAAUAACAAUGAUUGAAAAUGUAAUGUUCAGAGAAACUUUAAAGCCCAGGGAACUUUUGUAAUCAAGAAAAAAUACAAACACAUAAUACUAACUACAAAUAUGAGCGACAAAUAUGAAGUGCCACAAACAUUGGAUCAUUGGCUUGCUUCAGUUUGCGUCUUUAAGUUCCCAGCCAAUCACUGUGGAUCUAUGAUUCUGUAAAUGUUGGUCUUUACAGUCAACAUCUUUCACUUCAGAGAGAAGGGGUGCUAGUUCAGCACCAAACCGUGACCAUGUUUGCAUUAUGUUUUGCUAUUUCAAGUCUGAGCACAGCAUUGUGCAUUCAGUCCCAAGAGGUUCCUCGAUUGGUCUUUUUUAAAACAGCAAACCUCGGAGAUACUGUCACUCUGCAUUGUGGUGUUUUGAACGAAUCUAUAUUUAUUUUAAACUGGUUUAAGCAAUCUCUUGGAUUCAUUCCCCAAGUGGUUGCUAACAGAAUUUAUGAAAAAAUAAAUUACCCAUCCUUGAAUUCAAGAAUCACAGUGGGAGAAGGAACUGACUUUAAUCUGAUAAUUAGGGAUAUAAAUAAAGAGGAUGAAGCAAACUAUUUCUGUAACCAAGGAACUCACUAUAAGAAUAAUUGGAAAACCGGCACAUUUUUGACCGUCAAAGAUGGCAAUGACAAGAGGUUUGUCUCCCAGACUGUGGUCCAACAGCCUGUGUCGGCAUCAGCUCAGCUGGGAGACCCUGUGGCUCUCCAGUGCUCUAUUACCUCCCAGAGGACGGACCACAGUAACCAGUGCCAAGGGGAACCCAGUGUGUACUGGUUCAGAUCAGGACCAUCUCACCCUGCUGCCAUUUACAUGAAUGGGAACAGGACUGGUGAAUGUCAGAAUAGUUCUGGGCCUCCGUCUGCUCCACAGAGCUGUGUCUACACUCUCCCCAAGAACAAUGUAGACUCCUCUGAUGCUGGGACCUACUACUGUGCCCUGGCAGCAUGUGGGGAAGUUCUGUUUGGAAAUGGAACCAAGCUGGACAUUAAAGAACACAACUCGUAUCUAGUUACCGUGGGGCUUGGAAUUUUGUUGGCUUGCUGUCUGGGUGUGAUUAUAAUCCUCCUUCUGACCAGGAAUAAAAAGCAAGUUUGUCAGCAGUGCAAAGGAACACUGAGCGCCUCCUGCCAUCCUGAACGUGACCCAGUGAUACAGGAGCCGCAGGACGGGGAAACAGACUCCUUGACCUACGCACCAUUGGAAUUCUCUGGCAGGAAAACCAAAGGAGGGAAGAAGAACAGUGAAAGGACUCAGGAGAGUGUGUAUUCUGCUGUGAGAGAAACCUGCUACUGAACUCUAAAUGAAGGAUGUAGUGUUCUCAGUUUCUGAUGUCAGAUUGGCUGGAUGACUGUGAAUGUAAUGGUUGUUUGUGGUAUUAAUUAGAACCUGUUUAUUGUUAUGAGUGAGAGUGAAUAUAAAUUUUUGUCAUAUAUAUGUCACUUUGUUUGAAACAUAAAAAUGUGAAUUGCAACCAUUGCAAUAAUUUUUCUGUCUUGGGGAAAUAUAUUGCUUUGCAGAAGAUUGAUGAUUUGGA